AUGCUCGAGGGCCAUCAAGUUAUCAUUUCAAAGCAUCAAAAUGACCGAGCCACCUAUGCCUCUCUAGACACCAGGAGCAAUGCGCUCGCUCGAGGGCUCGAGUCAGUGGGUGUACGCAAGGGAGAGCGGGUUGGAGUCAUGCUCGGCAACUCUAUGGAAUACGCGGUGGCAACAUACGCACUAUUCAAACUCGGUGCCAUUCUGGUCCCCCUCAAUCCCUCGUUCAAUGCCACACAGGUAAUCGCCGCACUGGGUCAUCUCGAAUCGAGCCAUCUCAUUAUCAGCGCAGAGUCAAAUCUUCCGCGAAAAGAACCUCGAAGUAACAUGCCCUUACUUCAGGAACUCAUUGUGGAUCUUUUCAGCUCGAGGAUAGAGUCGUCUCUGGUUCCCUCAUUAAAGCAGGUCAUUCUUGUCGAUAACUCUGAAGGUCGCGUGGAUGUAUCUUCUUACAAAAGCAUAACGCCAUACACAUCUAUCAUGUCCCAGAUCGCUGCAGAUGGGCGCUCACUUCCUCCCCAAAACCUGUCAACGCACGAUAUUGUGAACAUCCAGUUUACAUCAGGAACAACAGCAAUGCCAAAAGCAGCUUGUCUCAGUCACCACUCUAUUCUGAACAAUGGUUCUCAGAUUGGUGACCGUAUGCUUCUCACCCCAAAUGACAUUGUCUGCUGCCCCCCACCACUAUUCCAUUGCUUCGGAUGCAUAUUGGGAUAUAUGGCAACAGCAACACACGGCUCAGCUAUUGUUUUCCCAAGUGAAUCAUUCAAUGCACGUGCGGCAUUGGAGGCAGUCCAAGAAGAACAAUGCACAGCCUUGUACGGUGUCCCAACGAUGUUCCUCGAGGAGCUCAGCUUGAUCGAGAAAGGAGAGGUCUCACAUGAAGGAUUCCAGCAUCUUCGGACCGGUAUCGCUGCUGGAAGCAGCAUCCCAGCUGAAUUAAUGAAGAAGCUACACAAGGUGCUGAACCUCACCGAGUUGACAAUCUGCUAUGGAAUGACGGAGACCAGCCCCGUAUCGGCCAUGACUACUACAGAUGAUCCGCUUGACAAGCGAAUCACCUCUGUCGGGAAACUCAUGCCGCAUGUUGAGGCUAAGAUUGUGAAUCCUGUAGAUAACAUUAGUACCCUGCCUAUUGGGGCUCGGGGUGAGUUGGUUGUGAACGGAUACUUGCUCAUGAAGGAGUAUUGGAACGAUCCUGAGAAGACAGCGGAGGUUAUGAUUCCGGACGCGGGUGGGAAAUUAUGGAUGCAUACUGGCGAUGAAGCUUCCAUGUCAGCAGAUGGAUACAUCACCAUCACGGGCCGGAUAAAAGAUCUCAUUAUCCGUGGUGGUGAGAACAUCCACCCCCUAGAAAUUGAGAACUGUCUGCUCGCCAACUCCGAUGUUGCCGAUGUAUCGGUUGUUGGUGUUCCCGACGCGCGAUAUGGUGAGGCUGUGGCUGCGUUUGUGAUUGCUCGUGAUCAUAGCAUGAACAAAGUUGCCGCCGAGGAUAUUCAGCAAUGGGUCCGUGAUAAACUCAGUAAUCAUCUCGUUCCGAAAUAUGUCUUCUUCUUGGGUCCUUCGGAGCCUUUCCCCAAGACGGCAAGUGGAAAGAUCCAAAAGUUCAAGCUCAGACAGAAGGCUCUUGAGAUUUUGGCCCUCAAGGCGGCGACUGCAUAA